GUAUCAAGUUGCAUGGGAUUUCAAUUUUUAUUGCUGAUGUUUCUUACAAACGGCUCCUUUAUUUUAUAGAAGGUUAUGGUUCUCUUAUGAACAGUCUGGCAACUAGAAAGAAACUCUGUCUUCAGCAGGUUGCCAUGACCCUCGCCAAAGAGUCUGAUGAAGAGUAAAUUCUUCUUUAUAAUUAAAAAAUGUCUCUACAAUUUAAACUAUAAUGAUUGCUCAUACUUUAAGAGAUAAAGCUCUGUCAUCUUACGCACAGACUCGUCACCAUGACAAAUACUAGUACUCCUAUGUGGUGUUUUUGUGUGAGAGAGAGAGAGAUAUCUCACUGUAAAGAUUUCACAGCCCGUUUUUCAUUGGAUCGUCUCAGGCGGAGCCUUUUUUUUUUUUUUUUUUUUGAUAAAAACAAAUUUUCCAACUAGAUCUAAAAAAAAAAACGCGGGUUUAGAAUCAUACCAUGAAUUCAGCAUUAGGACAACCCAUUGUGUACCAUCCCUUUGGGACACCUGCACCUGCAUUACCCGCAGGAUGGGUAGAACAUUACACACCUACCGGACAACCUUACUGGUACAACACAACCACGCAUCAAAGCUCCUGGGUGUUUCCCGUUGCACCCAAAAAGAAGAAACAAAUCAAGAAAAAGAUUCCGGGUACGCAUUGGUUAUUUGUAUUGACAGCGGAUGGAUACGAAUUUUAUUAUGAUCGAGAGACAAAGACGUCAGUAUGGGAGAUGCCAAAGGAAUUAGAAGCACCCUUGGAAGAGUUAAAAAAGCUGGAAGCAGAAGAAAAGGAAGCACGCAAGUUGCAGCAACAGCAGCAGCAGCAAGAAGAAGAGGAGAGUAAAAAGAGAGCAUUGGAAGAAGAAGAAGUGGCUGCACAGGAAGCCAAGAGAUUAAAGUUGUUACAGGAAGAGCAAGAAGAAGCAACAGAGAUGACUGAGGAAGAUAUCAUGUGGCAGUUACAGCAGAUGGAAGGUCAAGAGUCUGACACCGAAGGCGACAUACCACCACAAGAAGAUGUACAAGAGGUGGCGGUAGUAGAGGAAAAAGAAAAGAAUGAAACUAAACCAGAAUUAUCUGAAGAAGAACGUAUCCAGCAAUUCAACACAUUGUUAGAGGAAAGCCAUAUCUCGCCAUUUGCAGUGUAUACAGUGGAAUACCCUAAACUCAUGACAGAUCCACGCUUUUCAUUGGUUCCUUCUAACAAGCAAAAGAUGCUUUUCAACAAGUACUGUCAUGCACUAGGUGAACAUAUUCGACAGGAAAAGGCCAAAGAAGCCAAGCGACCCGAGGAUGAGUUUAAAGAGUUACUCGAAUCCAAGGUGACGACGAAAAUGUACUGGGAUGAUUUCCGACGCAAAUACAAGGACGACGCCAGGUUUAAGGCGUUACCUGUGACGAGAGAAAGAGAGGCGCUAUUUAAGGCCCAUGUGAAACACAAUCUGAACAAGAAAAAGAACCCAGUGGAAGAAUACAAGGCACUUUUGAGAAACACGGAUAUUCGUAAGGACACUCGAUGGAGAGAUGCAAAGAAGUUGUUGGAGAAUCAUGAUGCCUAUCAUGCUAUUGAAGACAAGGAUAAAAGAGAGGAUUUAUUUCGUGAUUAUCUUGAGCAACUCCAGUAAAAAAAAAAAUAUAAUAAUAAUAAUAAUAAUAAUAACAUGUAUGUGUGUGUGUGUGUGUGUGUGUGUGUGUGUUCACCCCUUUCUUCAUAGUGUGUGGGUAUCUUUUUUUUUAUAAGGUUAUACAGUGUAAUGAUAGACUUUGGGUGGUUCUGUUGUGAAUCUCACAGAAUGAUGUGAUAAACUUUUAUGCGGUAUAAUGAUCUCCUCCUUCUCUAUUGUUUUCACGGCGGGUGGGCAACUAAAUCGGAUCAGUCUUGAUUUCAGUAACAAUUCUUCUUCUUGAUGUUCUUCUUUCUCUCUUUCUUUAAUCACGGCCUGUAACAGUGCAAAGCUAUCACUACGUCGAUGUCGCCUGCGAUCAAGUGGAGAAGGUGGUGGUGAAGGUAAAGAUGCCAUAUUUUAAUAAAUAAAGUGAGAGAGAGAGAGAGAAGAAAA